UGAACCCGUUUCAUAAAGGAAAGUUGAUCCUUGCUGGACAAUGUUGAACAAAACGACACUUGAAAACCGCUACAACUGCAGCUAAACAGCGUUGUUAUUGGUUUUUGAAAGACGUAUCUGGGUGUGACCAGUUUAUCUGUAGCAGUAAUGCUGGCCAACAGUUUAGGCCAACAGCUGGGUCGCCCCACUAACUCUGUAGCUGGAUGGAUGGUAAGCAAGCUCAUCUUCUGGCGCAACAAGGUGCUGGAGGAGAAUGCUGUGAGGCUGUGUGCAAUCCAGCCGGAUGACACUGUCCUGGAGGUGGGGUAUGGGCCGGGCCUUGGGCUGGAGGCAGCUGCCCCCCUCAUUUCCGGCCCCAGGGGGAAGCUGAUUGGGGUGGACUAUUCAGAGUAUAUGUACAAGGUAGCCAGCAAGAGGAUGAAGGACCACAUUUCCAGCGGGAAAGUGACCCUCCAUCACGGCAAUGUGGUGGCCAUGCCUUUGCCCGAUGGCAGCGUGGACAAGGUCUUCCAUUGCAACUGCUACUACUUCUGGCCUGAACUGCGAGCAGGGACAUCAGAAAUACACAGGGUGAUGAAACCAGGAGGUCUUAUGGUGACAACCCUCACACUUCACCGAGUGGCCUACCUAGCAUCCAAGGGGGUCAUGCCAGGAGAGAAUUGGCGUCCUGAGGCCUUCAUUGAAGCCCUCCUAGCCACUGGAUUCACAGACAUUCGCUUGGAGGACAAGGCAGACAAAGGAACAACUUUUCAAGCCAUUUUCGCCACUGCAUCGAAGUGAAUGAUGACAGACUGUCCAGAAUGGCAGUAAACAGUAAAAGAUGGGCUUAGCAUUCAAGGAUAUAUUCAUUGGUCAUGUGAUUCUGCAGCUUGAUGAAUGGUUAUGCUUUCUGAAACAGCAAUCAGUACAAACAUGUAUGACAUCACAGAGUAUUACAUGUAAAUGUUACGUGGUAGUCUUUGUUGUACCUGUAAAGAUUCAUAAGUGUAGCAAUUAUAAAAUAAAUCAAAGUCUAUUUGGAAUUUGUAAAGUUUAUUUUUAUUAUCGAAAAUCCCCUCUUUGAUGCCAUUGUCUUUGUAAAACAAAUAAAAGCACACAAAUA